AUGCAGAGCCCCGGCGCCCUCCUGCUGCUGCCGCUGCUGGUCGGGCUGGGGGGGGCCCCGGCUCCGGACUCUCCCCAGGGCUGUGCUCGCGGGAGUUGCUACCCUGCCACUGGGGACCUGCUUGUGGGACGAGCCCACCGCCUGAGUGCCACCUCCACCUGUGGAAUGCGUCGGCCACAGCACUACUGCAUUGUCAGCCACCUUCAGGAGGAGAAGAAGUGCUUCAUCUGUGACUCGCGGCGGCCCUAUGAUACCCGCACCAACGCCAACAGCCACCGCAUCGAGAACGUGGUCACUACCUUCGCCCCCCGCCCCAAGAAAGCCUGGUGGCAGUCAGAGAAUGGCGUGGAGCAUGUCAGCAUCCAGCUGGACCUAGAGGCCGAGUUCCACUUCACGCACCUCAUCAUGACUUUCAAGACUUUCCGCCCUGCUGCCAUGCUGGUGGAGCGCUCAGCCGACUUCGGGCGCACCUGGAAGGUCUACCGCUACUUCGCCUAUGACUGUGCCACUGCCUUCCCCAACAUCCCUCAUGGGCCUCUGCGCCGCAUUGACGAUGUCAUCUGCGAGUCCCGCUACUCUGACAUUGAGCCCUCCACUGAGGGGGAGGUGAUCUACCGUGUGCUGGACCCUGCCAUCCCCAUCCGGGACCCCUACAGCUCUGCUAUCCAGAACUUGCUGCGUGUCACCAACCUACGUGUAAACCUCACUAAGCUGCACACACUGGGGGACAAUCUGCUGGACACACGGCGUGAGAUUCAGGAGAAGUACUACUACGCACUCUAUGAGCUGGUGAUGCGUGGGAACUGCUUCUGCUAUGGGCAUGCCUCUGAGUGUGCCCCACUCGAUGGAGCCCCUGCCACCAGUGAUGGCAUGGUGCACGGGCGCUGCGUCUGCAAGCACCAUACACAGGGACUGAACUGCGAGCGCUGCCAAGAUUUCUACCAUGACCUGCCCUGGCGCCCAGCUGAGGGCACCAGCACCAAUGCCUGUCGCCGCUGCGACUGCAAUGAGCACUCUCGGCGGUGCCACUUUGACAUGGCUGUCUUCCUGGCCACUGGGAAUGCCAGUGGGUCUGUGUGUGAUGGCUGUCAGCACAACACCAUGGGCCGCCGCUGCCACCUCUGCAAGCCCUUCUACUACAAGGACCCCAGCAAGGACCUACGGGACCCCACAGUGUGCCGAGCCUGCGACUGUGACCCUGACGGCUCUCUGGAUGGGGGGCUGUGUGACAGCGCUGAUGACCCAGCCCGGGGACUGAUUGCGGGGCAGUGCCGCUGCAAGGAGCAUGUGGCUGGCCCCCGCUGUGACCGCUGCAAGCCUGGCUUCUUCGGCCUCAGCACCGCCAACCCACAGGGCUGCCAACGUUGCCAGUGUGACCCCCGUGGCACAGUGGCUGAGGGCAGCUGGUGUGACCCUGUCAGUGGCGAGUGCUUCUGCAAGCGGCUGGUGACUGGGCGCAACUGUGACCAGUGCCUGCCUGAGCACUGGGGGCUGAGCCACGACCUCCCAGGCUGUCGGCCUUGUGACUGUGACAUAGGAGGUGCCCACAACAACAUGUGUUCCAUGGAGACGGGGCAGUGCCAGUGCCGCAGGCACAUGGUGGGACGACAGUGUGGUCAGGUGGAACCUGGCUACUACCGCAUCAACCUGGACCACUACACCUAUGAGGCUGAGGAUGCUCGGCUGCAUCAGGGCUUGGUGGUGGAGCGUGAGCCCCCCACAGACCACCCGGCUUCAUGGACGGGGACAGGCUUUGCCCGUGUGCAGGAAGGCAGCUGGGUGGAGUUUCACGUGAGCAAUGUGCCUUUUUCCAUGGAGUAUGAUGUGAUCAUCCGCUAUGAGCCUCAGCACCCAGAACCCUGGCAGGAGGUGAGGGUGAGGGUGCUGCGCCCCAGCCCUGUCUCUGCCAGCAGCCCUUGUGGAAAUACCAUCCCAGCCGAUGACCAGCUUUCCACCAGCCUCCCCUCUGGUGCCAGGUAUGUGGUGCUGCCCCAGCCCAUCUGCCUGGAGCAGGGCGUCUCCUACACUCUUCGUCUGGAGCUGGGCUGUGCCACCUCUCGUCAGGAUCCUACUACCAGUGUGCUCAUCGAUUCGUUGGUGCUCCUGCCCCGUUACUCCUCACUGGAGAUGUUCAUUGCGGGUGACCCUGGUUCCAUGGAGCGCCGGGAGACCUUCGAGCGGUACCGCUGUGCCCAGCCCUUCCAUGCUGCAGGGCCCUCUCCUGUGGCUGAACCCUGUUCCAGCCUUCUGCACAGCCUCUCGGCCAUCCUGCAUGAUGGGGCACUGCCCUGCCUCUGCAACCCCCAGGGCUCAGUCAGUGCUGAGUGCCAGCCCCAGGGUGGGCAGUGCCAGUGCAAACCCAACAUUAUGGGACGGCGCUGCCACCGCUGCUCCCCAGGAACCUUUGGUUUCGGGCCCAGUGGGUGCCGAGCGUGCCAGUGUAGCAGCGAGGGCUCAGUGAGCACUAUCUGUGACAGCAUCACAGGGCAGUGCUCCUGCCGUGAAGGUGUCCAUGGUCAGCGCUGUGACCACUGCCAGCCUGGCCACUGGGGCUUCCCCAUGUGCCGGCCCUGCCAGUGCAAUGGACAUGCUGAGAGCUGUGACCCCCAGACGGGCAGCUGCCUGCGCUGCCGUGACCACACGGAUGGAGAGAGGUGCCAGAGGUGUGCAGCUGGGCACUUUGGGAACCCAGCACUGGGCUCCGGGCAGCACUGCAAGCCUUGCCCCUGCCCCGAAGGGCCCAGCAGCUCCCACCAUUUUGCUACCUCCUGCUACCAGGACAGCCACUCUCAGCAGGUUGUCUGCCACUGCAGCCCUGGAUACACAGGUCCCCGCUGUGAUGAGUGUGCCCCUGGGUACUAUGGGGACCCAUUGCAGCCUGGCGGGCGUUGUCUGCCCUGCCAGUGCCACGAUAACAUCGAUGUGACGGACCCAGAGGCAUGUGACCGGCGCACAGGGCACUGCCUGCGCUGCCUGUACAACACAGCAGGGCCCCACUGCGCCGAAUGCCAACCUGGAUACUAUGGGGAUGCCAUGCGGCACAGCUGCAGGCGUUGCUCCUGCAAUCCACUGGGCACCAUUGCCAGCACAUGUGGGCCACAGCAGUGCCAGUGCGAUGGGCGCAGUGGACAGUGCCACUGCCUACCCCACGUGGAGGGCCAGAGCUGUGACCGCUGCAGCCCCAACUUCUGGAACCUGGGCAGUGGGCAGGGCUGCCAGCCCUGCGUCUGCCACCCCCAAUAUGCUCUGACGCCUGCCUGCAACCAGUUCACAGGGCAGUGCUCGUGCCGGCCAGGCUUCGGGGGCCGGACCUGUUCUGAUUGCCAGGAGCACCACUGGGGUGACCCACGGCAGCAAUGCCGAGCCUGCGACUGUGACCCCCGUGGUGUUGCCAGUGCCCAGUGCCACCGUAGCAGCGGCCACUGUGACUGCCGGCCUGGCAUCUCUGGAGUCCGCUGUGACCAGUGCACUCGAGGCUUUGCUGGUGCCUUCCCUGCCUGUCAGCCCUGCCACCCCUGCUUUGGGGACUGGGACCGUGUGGUGCAGGACCUGGCUGCCCGGACCCGGGCACUGGUGCAGCGUGCCAGCCUCCUGCAGCACACCGGGGUUGCUGGUGCCUUUGGUGGUACCUUUCAGCAGUUGGAGGAGAGCUUGGCCACCGUGCGUGAUGUGGUGGCUGCCCGCAAUGCCACUGCUGCUACUGCCACCCACCUGACACACGCCAUGGAGGGACUGCGGCAGCAGAUUGGGGCAGCAACAGAGAGGCUGACACGGCUGGAGGGUGAGCUGACAGCCACCCAAGAUGCCAACUUCAAUGCCAGCCAUGUGCUGAGUGCAGUGGACCGGGGUGCUCGUGCCCUCAAUCACAGUCUGCAGGACUUGGAGAAGAGGCUGCAUGCCCUCAAGACCUCCAACUUUCUUGGUGCCUAUGACAGCUUCCGCCAGUCCUAUGAGGAGUCACGUGAGGCUGAGCGCCGGGCAGAUGCCUCCACCCGCACUGUGCCCAGCCCUGUCAGCACCUCAGCAGCUACCCGGCGCCACACCGAGCAGCUCCUGACCAGCCGGCGGGACAACUUCAAUCGUCAAAAUGCAGCCAGCCGGCGGGCACUGAUGGACCUAGCAGCAAGGGCACAGGCACUGAGCCUCCAGCUACUCAAUGAGAAGGUGUGCGGUGCUACGGGUGACGUGCCCUGUGCCGAGAGCCCCUGCGGGGGAGCUGGGUGCCAAGACGAGGACGGGGGACGGCGCUGUGGGGGUCUGAGCUGUGGUGGGGCCGUGUCCAGGGCUGACAGUGCUCUGGACCGGGCACGCCAUGCCCAAGAGGAGCUGCAGCAGGCUGCUGAUGACAUGGCUCAGCUCUCCCAUAAGGUGGCUGAAGCCAAGGGGAAGGCAAAUGAGGCCUGGAUGCGAGCGCAGGCAGCCCUGGACAAGGCGAACCAGACCAGGACCCGUGUGGAGAGCUCCAACAAGGAGCUGCGGGAGCUCAUCAGCCACAUUAAGGCCUUCCUGAGCCAGGAGGGAGCUGAUCCUGAGAGCAUCGAGGUGGUGGCCAGCCGGGUACUGGAGCUGUCACUGCCUGCUGCGCCAGCCCAGAUCCACCGCCUGGCUGAGGAGAUCAAGGCGCGGGUGCGCAGCCUGGCUAGUGUUGAUGCCAUCCUGGAGGAGACAGCCGGUGAUGUGCGCCAGGCCAGGCAGCUGCUACAGGAUGCCCAGCAAGCCAGGUUGCGGGCAGAGGGUGUGCGGAGCACAGCUGAGGCAGUACAGCAGUCACUGGAGGAGGCACAGCAAGCCCAGAGCAUGGCUGAGCAGGCACUGCACCAUGCUGCUGGUGACAUCCAGCACAGUGAGAGAGCCCUUGGCACUAUGCAGACCCAGACGGUGAGUGCAGAGCAGCAGCUGGCGGAUGCCAUGGGACGGAUCAGGCUCCUGGAUGGACAGAUGGACUCCCUGAAGGUGAAACGUGCCAACAACAGCCUGGCAGCCACUCGUGCCCAGGAAGCAGCUGGUGCAGCACGGGACCGAGCUGGCGAGGCCAAGCAGGUGCUAGAGGGGCCACUGCGGGACCGCUACCGGACAGCACAGGAGCUGGUGCAGCACAGGGCGCAGGGUGCACAGCAGGCAGGCAGCCGAGCACAACAGCUGCGAGAUGAGGCUGUUGGGCUGCUACGGGAUGCCCAGGGCAAGCUGCAGCGGCUGCGAGUGCUGGAGGAGGAGUACGAGAGGAACGAGCGGGUGCUGGAUGCCAAGGCAGCCCAGCUAGGUGGGCUGGAGGCCAAGAUGAGAGAGGUGCUGGCCUCCAUCAACCAGCAGGUCCAGAUCUACAACACCUGCCAGUGAUCUCCUGAAGGGGCCCAGACCCCUGAACACCCUGCCUCCUGCCUGGCCUCUGCCUGUCACAGAUAGGUGGGCAGGUGGGGGCUGCUCGGCA